ACAGCACCUGCUGCCAUUCUGGCAUUACGUCAAUGGUGGACGUCUCAUUCGCUGGUUUGGGAGGAGUUGCUGUGACCGCCAUUGUUACAACUCCGUCGUCGUAUUACACGGAGCCGUGAAUCCGCGCUUUCCCCGUGGCCGCGCAUCUCGUUGCGAUUACCGAGGAGUCGUCAUCUCCGUGUCCGAUAUUUAGCGCGCGUACAGUCAAUCAGACGACGAGCCGUCAGCCAAACGCGUUCUCACGGCGUAGCAUGUCCACGAUGAAUCCCGAAUACGAUUACCUGUUCAAGUUACUUCUAAUCGGAGACUCUGGUGUCGGCAAGUCGUGUUUGCUGUUGCGUUUCGCCGAUGACACGUACACAGAGAGCUACAUCAGCACCAUUGGCGUAGACUUUAAGAUUCGUACCAUUGACCUGGACGGGAAGACGAUAAAGCUGCAGAUCUGGGAUACCGCGGGUCAAGAACGGUUCAGGACAAUCACGAGUUCGUAUUACCGCGGUGCCCACGGUAUCAUCGUUGUUUACGACUGCACGGACCAGGAGACUUUUAACAAUGUAAAACAGUGGUUGGAGGAGAUCGACCGUUAUGCAUGUGAUAACGUCAACAAGCUGCUAGUCGGCAACAAAUGUGAUCUGCAUACGAAAAAAGUGGUUGACUAUACAAUAGCUAAGGAAUAUGCAGAUCAACUCGGUAUACCAUUCUUGGAAACCUCAGCGAAGAACGCGAUGAAUGUAGAGCAAGCCUUUAUGACAAUGGCCGCGGAAAUCAAACUCAGAGUGGGCCCACCGUCGAGCGGAGCGAGCGAUCCGGCCAACAAGGUGAAAAUAGAGCAUGGACGUCCAAUCGAAUCGUCGAAGUCCGGAUGCUGCUGAGAACUGUAAUUUUGCGUCCCUUUAACCAAAAAACAUCUAACGGUUGCGGUCCGAGUACUGCGGAAAAUAAACUUAUUACCGGAGAACAUAAGAGCGCGUACAUGGAAGUUUCAGUUUAUACCAACAGAGGAAGAAAGCAAAAAAGAGAAAACCCUAAUAUGCAACAAAUACACACAAACACACAUACAUACACAUACACUCUCUCUCAUGGACCAUUGUCAACUCCUGUCGCGUGGAGUUGCACAAAAGUCUCUUGGUCGCCUGACCUUUUCUCUUUCCUCCUCUACUUCUUUUUUUUGUUGUAGUUAAUCUUACUGAGGGAGAAAGGACGCGACGAUUGCUCGACACUAUUUGUUAUAGCAUAAAAACUUCGAUCUUAGAUAAAUUCGUCGAAUUAGCAUCGAUCUUAAACGUCUGUCGAGUGUGCGUGCGUGCGUGCGUGUGUGCGCGCGCGCGCGUAUGCGUGCAUGCGUGCGAGCGAAUAUGCGCACGCACGUAAGCACGCAGUAAUGAGCGACCCGAGAAUUUUGAAAAAAAAGAUUAAGUCGAAUAAUGUCGUGUAUGGUGGUUAUAAAGAGUAAGCACUUUAAUUUCUUUUUCUGUCUGUUUCUUCUCUUAGCCUAAUUGUAAUGUGUACAAUUGAAGUAUGUAUGCGUUUUGUGGUCGUGCAACGACACGCCUACCCUUUCCUUCCCCUCGAUCCGCUGCGUUUUUAUUCCUCCUAAUAACUAUACUAUCCCGGAACAUUCUUUCCCACAUAUCUCUUUUGUUCCGUUCGCACAGUUUUCCGAGAUGCGCGCGCGCGCGUGCGAAAACUCUUCUCAAUCGAAUCUGCCCCCUUUUCUUUUCUUUUCUAGCGAGAUUCGUGGGCGAUAAUCGCCGUGCCCCACACCCUCACAAACAUCUUUCUCACCGCUCAUUAGUGUAAUUUAAUAACAUAUUAAUAAAUAUUUCAACAUUAACUCUCUUCUCUCGGAACGCAUACAUAGCGCACCUCUAUGGUAUAUACAUACGUAUAUAUGUGAAUAUAUAUAUAUAUGUGUGUGUGCAAAUUAUUGCAUGUGAUGACACGUGCGCCGAGAGGCAAGCCAGGAGAACUGUAGCGUAAAUCUUUCGUUUGCAUUUUCUGUUAUUGGUAGUGUCGUUUGAUCUUUUUUGUAAUUCAGAUACGAGCCGAUCAGAGAAUUUUACCGCGUUUCGACUCUUAUGCGUUUCGAAUAGAAAGAACAUGAAAGAAAGGGAGAAAAAAGAUGAGGAUAUUUUAUACGAGCUAAGAUAUAUAGUUACAUUUAAUCUCCAUAAAUCGUAUCUUUGUAUCGUGAGAAUGCUACUAUGACGGGUAUACGAUAACGGCACUCGAAAUAAAAAAAGUUUACAGAUAUAGUAACUGUAAUUAUAUAAAAUACAAAGGAAUAAACAGCCAUCUAUAAACAGAA